AUGAUGCAGUAUAUGUUACUUUUUAGUCGGCAAGGUAAGUUGCGCCUACAGAAAUGGUACACAGCUUUUUCAGAUAAGGUUGGUUUUUUAUGAAUAUUUUAAACCGUAUUCACAUAUUUUUUUAGCAAAAGAAGAAGAUUUGUCGCGAGCUCAUAACUCAAAUCCUUGCUAGGAAACCGAAGAUGUGUGCUUUCCUCGAAUAUAAAGAUACUAAAGUGGUAUACAAAAGGUAGGUGUCUAUCGCGAACCCUUUCUGUAUGAAAAAGUUUCGAAAACUUUGGAAAAGUCGAUUCUUUAUUCAAGCCAAUUCGAAAAAGAUGUUCUUUCUUAAAAAUUUCGUAGACUGAAGCAAGCAUUUUUUAAAGUUAAUCGAAAGUUCCCAGGUAUGCUUCGCUGUAUUUCUGCUGCGCAGUUGAAGAGAACGACAAUGAACUGAUCACUCUCGAAGUGAUCCACCGAUAUGUCGAACUCCUCGACAAGUACUUCGGAAGCGUAUGUUCCGAUCCAAGUUUAAGUAGCUCUUGUUCAUCAGGUCUGCGAACUCGAUAUUAUUUUCAACUUCGAAAAGGCUUACUUCAUUCUUGACGAAUUCCUUUUGGCUGGUGAGAUACAGGUGAAGAGUUAGGUUUUUCAUUAUAAAAAAACUAGAUGAUUUCUAUGAAUCAGGGAACAUCGGAACGUUUAAUCAAUUAAAAUUGUGCUCGAGUGAAAUCAAAUAAAAAAAUUUUCAGACUAACUUUAAAUUGGUUCGUUUUUUUCAAAUUUUUAGACCUACUAUAUAUAUAUAGGAAUUUUUGCACGGGACCUACUUUUUUUCAGUCGUCCAAUCGUUUCUCUCUUUGUUCAUAAACUUGUAAUAGCAUAGCAAGAAACUUUGAAAAGAAUACAUUGCUUUCUUAUUAUUGGAAUUAUGUUGCAGGAAACCAGUAAAAAGCAAGUUUUAAAAGCGAUCGCUGCUCAAGACUUAAUUCAAGAGGUUUUAUAUUACUGAAAAAGCCAUUCAUUUGAUAUGCGUUUCAGGAAGAAACACCUCAAGGUUUCUUUGAAGACCACGGUCUCGGCUAA